AUGUUGCCCGAAAGUCUCCUCGUUUUCAUAUCGGCUCUGUCAGUUGCCUCUGCUGGUCCCAUAUGGCGGAGAUGUGCCAACACGACCGAUGCGGUCACUCCUACGCUGCCAAACACUGGUGCUGCAAAAGAACUUGCCAGCCCCUUUGGCCUCACCCUCAAGCACAUAACGGUCGGUCAUGGCAUUCAGAACUACAGCUGUAGUGCCGUAAACGUCACGGCCACCUCGGCUGGCGCUCUGGCCGUGCUGUACGACGUCACGAGCCUCUACCCCGGUUCAUCGACCAACGCACUCUCCACCGAGGUAUGGCACCAACUCCCCGUCGACAUGCUGCGAACCACCGACAUUCCCCUGAACCUUGUCGGAAACGCCGUCAACCAGUAUGCCGCCAAUACCUCCGGCCCCUUCGCCGGCGACGCAAACACCACUGUCAACGGUCUCACGCUCCCCCUCGCGGGACACCAUUACUUCGACGCCACCCUGGUACCUACCUUCAACUUGUACAAGACGGGUGAAAUGCUGGUGUCGGCCAAGCUCGACGGCAUCAAGGCACCCACCGGUGCGGACCCGGGCUUGCUCCGCACGGGUGCCGUCGACUGGUUGGAACUGGGCGAUAAGGGUCUCGGCACGUCUGUCGGCCUGACCCAGGUCUAUCGCGUCAGUACUGCUGGCGGCAGCCCCGUGCGCUGCUCCUCUGUCGGCGAGACCUUCAGUGUCCCGUACGCCGCCAUGUACUGGUUCUACGCUAAAUGA